AUCUACUGCGGAAGUUCACUAGAAGAAAGCUCGGCAAAAAGACAACAGAAAAUUUUACUGCGUAUCUAGAUUGUGCAAACAUGCAGAUCUUUGUGAAGACCCUUACUGGUAAGACCAUCACCCUUGAGGUCGAGCCCAGCGACACCAUCGAAAAUGUCAAGGCAAAGAUCCAGGACAAGGAAGGCAUUCCCCCCGACCAGCAGAGGCUGAUCUUUGCUGGCAAGCAGCUGGAAGAUGGCCGCACCCUCUCCGACUACAACAUCCAGAAAGAGUCCACCCUCCAUCUUGUCCUGCGUCUGAGGGGUGGCAUGCAGAUCUUUGUGAAGACCCUCACUGGCAAGACCAUCACCCUGGAGGUCGAGCCCAGCGACACCAUUGAAAAUGUCAAGGCCAAGAUCCAGGAUAAGGAAGGCAUUCCCCCCGACCAGCAGAGGCUGAUCUUUGCUGGCAAGCAGCUGGAAGAUGGCCGCACCCUCUCCGACUACAACAUCCAGAAAGAGUCCACCCUCCAUCUUGUCCUGCGUCUGAGGGGUGGCAUGCAGAUCUUCGUCAAGACCCUCACUGGCAAGACCAUCACCCUGGAGGUCGAGCCCAGCGACACUAUUGAGAACGUCAAGGCCAAGAUCCAGGAUAAGGAAGGCAUUCCCCCCGACCAGCAGAGGCUGAUCUUUGCUGGCAAGCAGCUUGAAGAUGGCCGCACCCUCUCCGACUACAACAUCCAGAAAGAGUCCACCCUCCAUCUUGUCCUGCGUCUGAGGGGCGGCAUGCAGAUCUUUGUGAAGACCCUCACUGGUAAGACCAUCACCCUGGAGGUCGAGCCCAGCGACACCAUUGAAAAUGUCAAGGCCAAGAUCCAGGAUAAGGAAGGCAUCCCCCCCGACCAGCAGAGGCUGAUCUUUGCUGGCAAGCAGCUUGAAGAUGGCCGCACCCUCUCCGACUACAACAUCCAGAAAGAGUCCACCCUCCAUCUUGUCCUGCGUCUGAGGGGCGGCAUGCAGAUCUUUGUGAAGACCCUCACUGGUAAGACCAUCACCCUGGAGGUCGAGCCCAGCGACACCAUUGAAAAUGUCAAGGCCAAGAUCCAGGAUAAGGAAGGCAUCCCCCCCGACCAGCAGAGGCUGAUCUUUGCUGGCAAGCAGCUGGAAGAUGGCCGCACCCUCUCCGACUACAACAUCCAGAAAGAGUCCACCCUCCAUCUUGUCCUGCGUCUGAGGGGCGGCAUGCAGAUCUUUGUGAAGACUCUGACCGGUAAGACCAUCACCCUGGAGGUUGAGCCCAGUGACACCAUUGAGAACGUCAAGGCUAAGAUCCAGGACAAGGAAGGCAUUCCCCCAGACCAGCAGAGGCUGAUCUUUGCUGGCAAGCAGCUGGAAGAUGGCCGUACCCUCUCCGACUACAACAUCCAGAAAGAGUCCACCCUCCAUCUUGUCCUGCGUCUGAGGGGUGGCAUGCAGAUCUUCGUCAAGACCCUCACUGGCAAGACCAUCACCCUGGAGGUCGAGCCCAGCGACACCAUUGAGAAUGUCAAGGCCAAGAUCCAGGACAAGGAAGGCAUUCCCCCAGACCAGCAGAGGCUGAUCUUUGCUGGCAAGCAGCUGGAAGAUGGCCGCACCCUCUCCGACUACAACAUCCAGAAAGAGUCCACCCUCCAUCUUGUCCUGCGUCUGAGAGGCGGGCAGUCAGAGGGCGGUAUUUCUGAGGGGAAGCCGGACGUGAAACCCAAACAAAUUGUAAGUCUAAACAUGCAGAUCUUUGUGAAGACCCUUACUGGCAAGACCAUCACCCUUGAGGUCGAGCCCAGUGACACCAUUGAAAAUGUCAAGGCCAAGAUCCAGGACAAGGAAGGCAUUCCCCCCGAUCAGCAGAGGCUGAUCUUUGCUGGCAAGCAGCUGGAAGAUGGCCGUACCCUCUCUGACUACAACAUCCAGAAAGAGUCCACCCUCCAUCUUGUCCUGCGUCUGAGGGGUGGCAUGCAGAUCUUCGUCAAGACCCUCACUGGCAAGACCAUCACUCUGGAGGUCGAGCCCAGCGACACCAUUGAGAACGUCAAGGCCAAGAUCCAGGACAAGGAAGGCAUUCCCCCCGACCAGCAGAGGCUGAUCUUUGCUGGAAAGCAGCUUGAAGAUGGCCGUACCCUCUCUGACUACAACAUCCAGAAAGAGUCCACCCUCCAUCUUGUCCUGCGUCUGAGGGGCGGCAUGCAGAUCUUUGUGAAGACCUUGACCGGUAAGACCAUCACCCUGGAGGUUGAACCCAGCGACACCAUUGAGAACGUCAAGGCCAAGAUCCAGGACAAGGAAGGCAUUCCCCCAGACCAGCAGAGGCUGAUCUUUGCUGGCAAGCAGCUGGAAGAUGGCCGUACCCUCUCCGACUACAACAUCCAGAAAGAGUCCACCCUCCAUCUUGUCCUGCGUCUGAGGGGUGGUCAAUAAAUGAUUCCAUGUUUUUACUUGAUUUACAUGAUGACCAAACCCAAUAAAAGAUGAGAGAUUUAA